AUCAUUAAAACUUAGGUAAAUGUAUUUAAUUUCUUUAUUUAAAAAUAAAUACAUUAUUCUGUUAGGGGACAUUCGGCACAGAAACAUGUGUGUAUACCUUUAAGAAGUUUCUGGGAUUAAUUGGCUGCAGCUGGCCAUUGCUAUAAAGGAAAAAAGCUGAGUUUUGUAGCCUGCCUGCAGGAAUAACACCCACCAGAGUUUGUGUUUAUUGUUUUGUAAUAAAGUCUUCGUUUUAGUUUGGGUUUUUACACCUAUGUGUCCUGGAAUCACUCUGUCCUCUGCCACCAGCUGGAAAUCUCCCCCUCCAACAGGUUAUGGGCCCAGUCCCCAGUCCUGAGUGGGCAGAGACAGAGCGUGAAAAGAACCCAGAGACUGGAAGCAACUCAGCGUUUCUCAAGCAGCUGGCUGUGUGAAGGCAUCGGCAGGGAGUGUCUGUUUGAGACCAGGAGCCGAACAUUUCUUCAAGCCACGUGUGAGUAAGGACUGAGUGGAAAGCUGAAAGCUGGGUGGAGCCAUGGCUGGACUUGGAGCUGGAGCUCAAGGGGGAGCUUCAUAUUUUCCAGUAGAGAAACUGGGAGAGUCCAAUUAUAUGUCAUGGAGUUUACAGAUGCAGGCGUUUUUAAAGAAAGAACAGUGUUGGACUGCUAUUGUUAACCCUCCUGUAAAAGAGGAGGAUGAAGAAGUAGAUGAAGCAGACCAAAGGCUGGAGGACAAAGCCUAUGCCAAUUUAAUUUUGAGUUUAGAGAAGUCUCAGUUAUCUCAUGUGCGAGACCUUGAAACAGCAAGUGAGAUUUGGCAAGCACUGAGAGCGAUACACAUUAGAGACACUGCUGGCAGCAAAAUUACUCUAAUGAGAGCUCUGUACCGAGCCAGACUAAGUGAGGGUGAAUGUGUUUCAACACACCUUCAAAGAAUGCGUGAUUUAUUUUCACAGUUAAAUGAACUUGGGGAACAUUUUUCUGAACAGAGAAAGGUUUCUAUUGUGCUGUCUUCACUUCCUGAGUCAUGGGACAAUUUAGUGAUGACUCUGGAGGCAAUUCCAGAAAGCCAAUUAACAAUGCAUUUCUUAACUGGGCGGUUGCUUGAUGAGGAGGAAAGACGCCAUGAGAGGAAGGCCACAACCCCCCACCGUAACUCCAGAAAUGGGAGGCAGUCCAGUAAAAGAUAUGCAACUGAUGAGGAGCGGCACCCUAAAGAGGUUGUAGACCACAGAGAGGAAGCAGCUUUCACAGUCAGAAGAUGGUAUCGUUGUGGGUCAACCAAGCAUUUAGUACGUCAGCGCACUGUGUCUGUGGGAGAAAACACAAGAAAAGGGCGGCCUGCGUUUGCUGGGAAGCGAGGAGACAGGAAGAGUCGAGUCCAGUAUGUUUCUGCAGCAGUUUGAGGCACCAGUCACGACGUUGGACAAGACUGGAUUUUAGACUCAGCAGCGACAAACAUUUUUGUUAAGUCUGCACAAACCCUUGUAGAAAAGCAGCCUUGUAAAUCUGUAAAUGUAGUACUAGCUGAUGGAACAGUGCAUGAGUCAGCUGGAAAGGGUAGUGUUAAUAUCAACUGUUUAAGUACCAAGUUUACCAAUGUUUUAUGUGUACCAAGUUUAGAAAAUAAUUUGCUUUCAGUUACAAGUCUUGUUAAGCAGGGAUUUAAAGUAACCUUCUCUGGUUCAGGCUGUAAAAUAGAGAAAGCUGGAAAAGUGGUUACAGCGUCACUAAAAAAUGGUUUGUUUGUUUUGAAAGACCAGCUAGUAAGUGAUUCUGGGGCAUGUGUUAAAGCCUGUAAUAGAGCCUUGCAUGAUGAGUGCCAGCAUCUGUGGCAUCGUCGUUUGGGGCAUGCCAAUUUCCGCAGUAUUGCAAAAAUGCCAGAAUUAAGUAAGGGAAUUAAAAUGAAAAAAUGCUCAGUUUUUCUAGACUGCAAUACCUGCAAGGAGUCUAAAAGUAAGCGAGGUCUUAUCCUGAAAGUACUAGAAUUAGCAAGAGGCCAUUUGCUUUAGUACACUCAGACCUUUGUGGGCCAUUUGCAGAGUCUGAAGGAGGAGCAAAGGUUUUUUUGGUUCUUGUGGAUGAUUAUAGCCGGUAUACUUGGGUAUACUUGUUAAAACACAAAAGUGAAACUGGUCAACUGAUUAAGAAUUGGGUCAACUAUAUAGAAAGGCAGUUUCCCUACAAAGUUACCCAAUUGCAGAGUGACCGUGGAGGCGAGUUCAUGUCUGAAGCCCUCCAGGUCUGGUUUAAAAUGCGUGGUAUUCGUCACCGUAAAUCGUGUCCGUUUUCGCCUGAAGAAAAUUCAGUUGCAGAACGCAAUAUAAGGUUUUUGCAAACAAUGCUAGAUUCUAUGCUAUGUGAUUCUGGCUUAUCCAGGAAGUUUUUGGGGGAAGGAAUUCUGUAUGCUAACUACGUACAGAACAGAUUGUUUCAUUCUACCAUAAACAAUACCCCUCAUUUUUGCUUUAUGGAAAAAAACCCUUUUUAGACCAUGUUAAAACUUUUGGUUGCUGGGCUUCACAUCCCAAAAGGACAGAGAAGGAAAGGAGAACCCAAGGCAAAGAGACUUAGGUUUGUUGGCUAUCAAAGUUGGUCAAAGGGGUAUCGUUUUGCACUAGGGCGUGGCAGAGUUGUGAUAUCAAGACAUGUUUUGUGAGCAAGAUGGUUGGGCUCGUUUACAUGGGAAUUCAGAAGUUGUGUUAUCUUCUGAUGAUACAGAUAAAUUUGUGAAAUCUGAGGAAGAAAAGCCACAAAUUAAAGAGAGUUCUGAAAGUGAUAGUGAUGAGGGUCCCAGUACACAAUCUCCUAAAGGUGAACCAAUUUCUCCUGAGCAAGAUGAAUCAGAAGGGGAAGAUAGUUCAGAGGGGGAGAGUGUUCAAGUUAGAAGAUCACAAAGAAGCAGUAAGGGGGUACCUCCAGAAAGGUUUACUAUACAAGAAGUUAAAACUGUUGCUGUGAAGAAAGAACCUUGUGAUUAUGAAGAAGUUUUAAAGUUACCACACCAGGAAAUAGUAAGGUGGAAAAAUGCAAUGAAAGCAGAAAUGAAAUCUUUAGCAGAGCACAAUGUGUUUACCAUUGAGCCAUUGCCAGAAGGAAAAAAGGCAGUGGGCUGUAGAUGGGUGUAUAAAAUAAAACACUUGGCAGAUGGUGGUGUUAAAUACAAAGCUAGGCUGGUAGCACGAGGCUUUACUCAAAGAAAAGGUGAAAGCUUUGAUGAAACCUUUUCUCCUACUGCAAGGAGCGAAAGUGUACGCUUAUUGCUAGCUCUUGCAGCACAACGUGGGUUUAAGGUAAACCAUUUUGAUAUUGAAACAGCUUAACGCAAAUCUGCAAGAAGAUUUUUUUAUGAAUCAAGCACCAGGUUUUGAGGCAGGAAAACAGAAUUCUGUAUAUAGGCUGAACAAAGCAAUUUAUGGGCUCAAACAGUCAGCUAGAAAUUGGAACGAGUGUCUUGAUAAUGUUUUAAAAAAUCUUGGCUUUAAAAGAAGCUUAGCUGAUAACUGCUUGUACACUAAAGGAAAGGGUGAUAAACAAGAAUUAUGUCUGUCUAAUGUUGAUGAUUUGAUAUACUCUACUAAAAAUGACAAGCAAGUGGAAAAGUUUGCAGAACAACCAAGAAAGGAAUUUAAAGUAAGAAAUUGGGUCCAGUAAAAAAUUAUCUCGGUUUAGAAAUUCAAAGAACAAAUGAUGGAAGUUUUUUGUUGAGUC